GCCUAGGCGCGCCAGGUCCCCGCCCAGCCGGGGCGAUCCCUUGGUCGGAGGGUGAGGUUGGGAGUCAACCGUACCCAAGUGCCACCGCGUCCACCCGGUGCAGGCGACCCCCGACGCCCGACGGGCGGCCGCUCACCUUCUCCUGCCCCGGGCUUCAGGAAACCUGCCCGGAGGUGGCCGGGGUCUCAGGCCUGGCAGAGGCUGGGCGGUGGGCUUCACGCCUGCUACAAUCUCCCAAUCCGUGGCCCGGGGGAUGGAGCCCGCUGCGUGCAGAGGCUGCGGCAGGUCCCAGCCGGGUGCCCUGGAGCGUGGCGCCUCCUUCCCUGAGGUGCCCCCUGGGCACGAGGGUGAGUCUCCAAGGAGGAAGCCGCCUCCCCUCCCCCGCUGCCCGGAGCUGCUGGGCUGGUGCUUGGAGCCUCCUCCGCCGCGGACACCGCGAUCCUUCCCCCACCCUGACCCCGAUCCCGACCCCGACCCCGGCCCCCACCCCGACCCCGGCCGUAUUCCGUUGCAUUUGCUCCUUGCCAGCUCCGGGGCCACCACUCAGCAAGUGCUGACUGGGCGUUCAUCAACACGAACAUCUUUGCCAGGACCAAGAUAGACCCCAGCGCCUUGGUGCAGAAGCUGGAGCUGGACGUGAGGAGUGUCACUUCCGUCAGGAGAGGUGCAGAGGCCAAGACCGUUUUGCCCAAGAAGGAGAAAAUGAAGCUGAGGCGUGAGCAGUGGUUGCAGAAAAUCGAAGCCAUAAAACUGGCUGAGCAGAAGCACAGGGAGGAGCGGAGGCGGAGGGCCACGGUGGUGGUGGGGGACCUGCACCCGCUCAGGGACGCCCUGCCCGAGCUGCUGGGGCUCGAGGCUAGCAGCCGGCGCCAAGCCCGCAGCAGGGAGAGGGAGAGCAACAAGCCCCGGCCCUCAGAGCUCAGCCGGAUGAGCACAGCCCAGAGACGGCAGCUUCUUGAGGAAGAAAGGACCCGGUUUCGGGAGCUGCUGGCCAGUCCGGCCUACAGAGCCAGACCCCUGGUGGCCAUCGGGCAGACGCUGGCCCAGCAGAUGCAGCUGGAAGGUGGCGGCCAGCUCUGACCAGGGCAGUGGGCGUGCCCCAACUCCUCAGGACACAUGUGUGGGCCAGGUAGAGCGCGCCAGCCCCUCGAGGACCGUGGUCUGAGCCUGGUGGACGCCCUUCCGUCUGGUCGGUUGUGGGACUCACUAAAGGGCUCUGUGAACUUCCCCUGCACCCCCAGGGCCGUUCCCAUGAGCUGUUCCCUGAUUCACAGGGCUGGGCCCACCCUGGGACAGCUGCCCCUGUUCUGCUCAGGACGACAAGCCACAUCCCUCCGCUGGCGGCCGCAGCCCCCACGCCGAGUCAGGGCGGGCUGUGCCCAGGGUUUGUGGGGACUGUAGUUGUGGAGGCCCUAAAUCCGUUCCUGAACAGGCACCGGUGCCCCCAAGAUAGCCUCUUGGCUGUGCUGGGAAGGAAUUGUGCCUGGGUGUGGCCCCAGCUGUGCCACCAGCCACCCUGAUUUGCUUCAGCCUUGGUUCCUGCUGCAGCCCUGGUGGGAUCCAGGAGCCCUGAGGCCUGCAGGGGCUGCUGUGGGGGCUGGCUUGGGGCCCUCCCCACCCGGGGGUCUGUUUCCCUUCCAGUCUCCCUUGCCACCCUCAGUGACCAGGGACACAGAUGGCCCUGGCAAGGCCCCAGCCUGCUCCUCGCCCGUUGUAUGCACCCCCUGGGCUGUGCCCCCUAACCCCAACCGUUGCCCCUGCCCUUCCCCGCUGCUCCAAACCCAGGCGCCCACUGCCUUGCUCUGGGGGCGGAGAGCAGAGGACCCUUCUGCAGGGAGGAGACGCGGAGUGGGCCCCGCCCUGAAGCUCUUGCUGACCCAGAAGCAGGAGAGGGCCUCCUUUGUUCCUGGAAGCCCUGGUAUUUGGGGGUUUGUUGGACUGUGAAUUAGUGACUGAUCAGUCCUUGUUUUCAGGGUGUGGAAAGCAAGGGGGUGGUGCGUCCCCAGGCCCCUAGGCCCAGCUGGGCUCCCCCUGCGCCUGCUCCCCCCACCCCAGUGCUCUGCGGGACCUUGCUGGCCCAUGUCCUGCAGCAGGGCUGGGCAGGCUGGGCGUGGUGGUGCACCCCACUCGGGGUGUCUGGGAACUACAGAGCAGGACCACUCUCAGCUCCCGGGCAGGGACCCAGCACCCUUAGCCUUCCCAGGCUGCCUGGGGUGGGGGUAGUCCCAGGGGCUCCACGGCCUUCUGGCUCCAGGGCAUGUGGGUGGCCCCUGUGUGCACGGCCCCUCUUCUCGUGAGCGCCCGUGGUCCAACCUCCCCUGGCCCUGCUGCCUGCUCAGGGUUCAGAGCUCCAGCAGCCCCACCAGGCUUCCUGGUGAGUGGGUGGCUGAGACGACUUGGAGCCUGCAUCCCUUCUGUUCAGUGUCCUGGCCCUUCCCUGACACAAGCAGACACGGCAUCCACAGAGACAGCCUGGACACCCUCCAAAGCCCCGAUGAUGGGACAGACGGGCGUACAGGAGCCACAGGCAGCAGAUUCCACACUCCCUCGGGUGGGGUCGGCUUGGCUGCCCAGCCCCAGCUCCUUAGAGAACGGACUUCUCGCUUCAGAGGAGCUAGUCACAAACCAGUGCUUGCAAUAAAACCGUUUUUGUGGUA